UGUUUACUUAAUUAGGUCAAAGUUUUCUUGGCCGUUUUGUUAACCAAGAAAAAUGGGAAUUGAAAUAAAUCGAUUUCAAGGAGAAGUUGAUGAAGAAUUGUUGUGUCCAAUUUGUAGUUCAGUGCUCGAAAAUCCGUUACAGGCACCCAACUGUGAGCAUGCAUUUUGCUCUGCUUGCAUUCACGAGUGGCUCUCGAGACAGCCAACUUGUCCUGUCGACAGACAAAACAUAACCCCUCCUCAGCUGAGACCUGUUCCCAGAAUACUUCGGAACCUACUAUACAGACUACAGCUCACUUGUGAUAACUCUGUUUAUGGGUGCACUGCAAUAUUGAAACUAGAUGCCCUGGAGUCUCAUGUACAAGAAUGUGAGUUCAAUCCAAAGAGACCGGUGCCAUGUGAGCUCGGCUGUGGGCUAGUUGUGCCAAAAGACGAGUUGAAAGAACACAACUGCGUGCGAGAGCUGCGCUCGUUGAUGCAGGCCCAGCAAUCGAAACUAGUUGAGGUGCAGGCGGAAGUAGCCGAGGGCAAAUUUCAGAUGAGCGAACAGAAACGAGAACUGCAGCUGCUGAAGGACUACAUGCUAGCCAUGCGGAACGCCAAUCCUUCGCUGCGGAUUCUGGCAGAUCAGAUGGAAGCCGACGAAGUGAGACGCUGGGCCGAAACUCUACCCAAGGCGAGAGUCCUGCGCUGGGGUGGCAUGAUCUCGACUCCGGACACGGUGCUACAGUUGCAGGCAAUGAUCAAGAGAGCCCUUUCCGAAUCGGGUUGCCCACCGCACAUCAUCCAGGAUCUGAUGGAAAACGCCCACGAACGGCGGUGGCCGACGGGAUUGUCGUCGUUGGAAAUCCGCCAGCUGAACCGGCGUCAAUACGAGAACUAUGUCUGCCGGAGGAUUCCGGGCAAACAAGCCGUGGCCGUCAUGGCCUGCGACAACGGACAUAUGAAUCCAGAUAUGAUAUUGGAACCGGGUCUCAUCAUGAUUUUUGCUCACGGUGUAGAGUGACACCCCGGAAUUCUUGUCAGAUUAUUAAUCCAACAACAUGUUUGUCUUCAGUGUCCUCGCGACCGGCUGGACCACUCCAGCGAGCUGACACUAAUGAAUUUGUCCCUUUUGUCCUUUAGUUCAGAAGCAGCAGUCCUCUCAACUUACUUAAAAGAAUCUGAUUUAUCUUUUUUCGAAUUGUUUAUCGUCAUCAGUUACUUUCAUUGAAUCGUGCUCAGUUUGGGGGCUAGGUGUAGGUUUUUAUUUGAAAUGUUUCUCAAUUGGUGUCCCCGCUCUUCGGCGGUUGUAAAUGUUCGAUACUUGAUUAAUGAUGGCAAAAAUCUUGUUUUCUUUCAUCAUCAACUUUUAUGUGCAAAUAAUGAUAGUAUAUUCCGCCGAUGCUGCGGAAUAAUAAAUAAUAAAACAAUAACUGAGAAGUCAAUCGUAUGGUA